UCUUAACCAAAAAAUUAAACUUGCUGAAACUGAAACCCCAGCUUCUUCUUCAACCUGCAGAAAAAUUGUGGAGAGAGAAAGUGAUGGAGAAGACAAGCAAAGAGCUGUUGCAAUUGGAGCACAAGGACCCUUCUUCUUCCUUUAAAGAAUCAGCGUUGCUUGUUUGUGGGAAGAGCAAGAAAUCGACAGAGGAGAAGACAAAUUCUGAAGGAAAGCCCUUCCCUGCGCCACUCCCUAAAAGCCAAGUGCUUGGUAAGGUAAAGGAUUUCCUAGGAGUAAUUUCUGAAGCUAACAAAACACUCCAGCUUAAUGCAAAGGACAAACCUGAGGAAUUUGAUAUUGAAGUUUUGCAUGGUAAUGAAUCAGAGUACAUUGAAAUGGAUUUGAUGCUGGGUGUUGCUGAUCUUCAAACUCCAGAGGCCAUGGAAGCCGCAGAGGCUGCAAUGGCCGGAAACCAACCUGUUGUGGAUUUACGUACCAAUGACAGCUCUUCAGAAUCAGAAAGUAGCAGUGAUGAUGAAGACGAUGAUGAUGAUGAUGAUGAGGAUGACAGAGAUGAAGAUGAAAAUGUGAAGGCUGAUUCUAUGCAGGUAGAUGGUUCUUCAAGACAGCAGUCAGAAAGUCGUACAAAGAGAAAACAGCCUAAGAUUGUUGUGCUCCCAUAAAUCCGCUAUUUCCUUUCAAGAAAUGAGUAGGAAAUUGGAGAUUCCGCAAGUGAAGAUUGUUUCGAAUUGAAAAGAAAUAUAGUGUGCAGUGUUGUUACUCUUGUAAGAGAUUACUUGUGAGCAGUCCUGAUCUAUUUGUAGUCUAAAUUUUGCUACUUCCCUUAUACAUAGAUAGCUAUUUAUUAUUGUUAUCCUGACAUUUUAGUUGGAUUUUUGGAAGUAUGUAACCUUUUAAUGAACAAUGUUAAUUUCAUCAUAUGCCAAGCUUUUACUCUUUGAUUUUGCA